AUUCAUUAUAGUCAUUAGAAACGGCGGGGGAGGGAGGGGAAGUUGGUUCGUCUCGUUGUAGAUAGAUCUCGCGCUCGGUCUUUUCGUCUGCUCGGCCGAACGUUGCCGAAGUGAGCCGAACACGGCCGACGGUCGCCGUCCCGCGCUGUUGUUGUCUUCAACACUGUUUAGUUCACUGUUCGAUUCCGCCUUCGACUGACGCCGCGGCCGUCUCGAUCGCCACUGAUUGUUUUAAACGGUUUAACCUUCAUCAGUGAUUUCUGCUGUGACAUUUCCCCGCGAGUCCUCAAGUCGCCGGCUCGCCCCGCAACGACGCGCGCUCGACGCGACGCUAACCUACAAACUGUGCGACUCCUCAACUCCCGCCUGGGCUGAUAGAUACCUCGUCAUCAUCCGAGUCCGUCCAUCAUCUAGCCUCACCUAGGAUGGUCGUGUGAGAUGGCAGCAGGUGAAGACUCCGUCAUGCUCGCCACAGCCCCGGCCCCUCCUCACGUCAAGCGUGAACACGAGCAUGAGCCUAUCAAUCUCAAAUCCGAGGUUCCUGAACCCGAAAAGCACUGUCUGGAGCUGACGCCAGUGUGCUAUGAAAGUGAAGAAGACUCAUGUUCCAGUAGUGUUCCUUCUCCGGGUGAUCAAACUAUGGGAGUUUCCAUGAACGACAGUAUGAUGGCCAACAACCGGUUACACCAGCAACAACAACAACAACACGACAACAACCAAGGGGACCACAGUCCUCAGCACCACUCCAAUAACAACCUCCCUCAAGACAUCAAACCUCACCUCAAUGGCACAUUGUCUGGUAUGAUGAACCUACACAACCUGAGUAACUUGUCAGGGGUACCAACUGCUCAGCCAGCUGUUCCACCAAUGGCCGCCUCUCAGCUGAUCAACACACCGCUCAAUCUCAGCGUCAACGCCACCGGUCCUCUGUCCAUGGCGGGGAUGGUAGGCAGUGCCCCGCAACCCCCACAGUUACUAGCAGCCCCACAGCCAGCAGCCAUGCCUCAGUUUAUACUUGCUUCAGGUCAGCUGGUGCAAGGCAUUCAAGGGGCUCAACUGCUCAUACCAACAUCUCAAGGUAUCGCCACUCAAACAAUUCUGACAAUCCCUGUGAACCAUGUGACCAGCAACCAGAUGGUAAACCUGGCUCUCAGCAACGGACAAGUGAUAACAACAACACUGGCAAACCUGCAGACGAUGGCUCAACCACACCAUUUACUGGCUCCUACUCAUAAUUCAGUUCCAUGCACCAGUCCUACGAUGGGAACAACACCUGGACUGAACAACCAUAUUCCACAUCAACUGUUGAGCAAUGGACACCAACAACAACAGCUGAUCAAUGCCAUCCAGCAGCAACAACAACAACAGCAGCAACAACAACAGCAACAACAGCAGCAGCAGCAACAACAACAGCAUUCUGGCAACCAUCAAAACAACCACAGUCAAAAGUCUCCUCUUCAGCAUCACAAUCACAACCAAUACUCGUCGAACCCUGAAAAGUCGCCACCCCACAACGGCAUGAUGUCCAACGGAGCUGUCACUUCUUCUUCUGCUUCCUCCUCUCCGCUCAACACCAUCAACCGUCUUGCAGCCAACAACUCGGACUUGACCAUCACAACAACAUCAGUGCCAAAGCCAUCACAGCCUGGCUAUCCCCACAACAACAACAACAAUAGCAGUAGCAACAACAACAAUAUGCAGCACAGUCCUGGGCUCGACUUGCUGGAUGACUCGCCAAAUCAACCGACUAUCAGCCAAAGCAAUUGUAACAUGGUGGACGGUAUCAACUUGGACGAAAUCAAGGAGUUUGCGAAGGCGUUCAAGUUACGUCGUCUGUCGCUGGGUCUGACCCAGACACAAGUCGGACAGGCACUCAGCAUUACGGAAGGGCCUGCGUACAGUCAAAGCGCAAUCUGCAGUGCCCUGGCUACACAGAUGUAUUGCGCGGCCCAACUUGCUUCUCAGCAACACUAUAUGUUUGAAAAGCUGGAUAUUACCCCUAAAAGUGCACAAAAAAUCAAGCCUGUACUUGAAAGGUGGAUGAAGGAGGCUGAAGAAAGAGCUCAAUUUCCCCAGCCAAUGCCGGUAGAUUCCGAAGCUCCUAGGGGUCUUCCGGAUAUGUAUAAGAGCGGCCAGAACCACUUGACCGAGUUUAUCGGAGUUGAACCGUCCAAGAAAAGAAAAAGAAGAACGUCGUUCACACCUCAAGCUCUAGAACUGCUCAACGCACACUUUGAACGCAACACUCAUCCUUCUGGAACAGAAAUAACAACGCUGGCGCAUCAGCUGGGCUACGAGAGAGAGGUAAUACGCAUAUGGUUCUGUAACAAGCGCCAGGCACUCAAGAACACUGUGCGGAUGAUGUCCAAGUCGUGUACUCCCCCCCACCUUGCGCCCCCCGGCGGUCAUCUGACCACCUAGCCAGCCGCCGCCGCCGCCAGCCCCUUCUUGUGGGAGUUUGACUAGGCGGCUAGAGCCCGACGUCCGCGCAGUGUACAUAAACUCGUAAACUUUGAUAGUUUGACUAGACACAAUUGUUCUUGGACAUAAGUUUUUGUUACCGACAAAGUGAAAGUGGAUUCAGUGUUGCUAUGUUAUUUGUGAUAGAGUUUUAUUUGAGUUAUUAUAGAGUUUUGUUCACUAAAGCCGAUUAGGAUUCUUAAAUGGUGUUCCACAAGCUUUGAGUGUGGGAUUUGACCUCUUACUGAAAAUAACUUUAUUUUCAAAAUUGGAAACAAUAAAUGGUGGAGUAAAAGAGAUACUGUAGUUUGACAGAAUAUUUUCUCCGAUGAGACACAUUUGGAAAAUGAUAAACAUAACCUACCUCAAUAGUGCCAUUUUCAUUUACAGUUUUUUAGUUAAUAAUUUUCAUAAAACCGUAACAGUGUAGACUUACUUUUGUAAAAGUUAUUUACCCUGGUAUAAUUUUUCUACAUCUCCAAACAAACAGAUCACAGAGAAGAAAACGAACAAUUAUAAAGAGGAGGAUCUAUAUAAAUAACUAAAAGUUAGAGAACUGAUCAACAACUAAAAAAAUGUUUAUUAGUUUAUUUGAAAACUAUUUAUGUUACAAUAACAAUAAUUCUUACUAAAGUUUUAUGAAUUAGGUUUAUAAAAAUAAUUAAAGUUUUCAAGUUAUAUUGCUUUACCACCAGAUACGUUUGCUUCAAAGACAGUCAUGUUAAGCUAAGGAAAAGAAUCUCAUUUCCUUCUAGAUCAUGUCUCAUUGUGAAACCAGAUUGAAGACUUCUUCGGAAGCUUAGUGAUAACAGUUUUUGUGAUAAUCGACAACAAUUUUGUAAACUUAGCGUAAGUCAAGUGAAUUGGCACAGCUGGGAAACAAUCAGCUUUAGACUGUUAUUAGUUAUUCACUAAACAAAAAUGUUCAUUUGUGUGACAGCUAAUAACAGCCUUGGAUGAAAGAGUAUAAACUACUAUUUUAUUUUAUUCUGAUUUCACUGAUUGUUUUGUUAGAAAGUUUGCAGGCUUCUGUACCCUAGCACAAAAUAGGCACAUAAAAAUAUAAAAAGUUUGUGAGAGUCAAUGAAAACAUGUGAGCUACAACUGGUGAAACUGAUUUUUUUGCAGCUUUAUUUUAAUUUAACCAAACGAUGAAAAAAUGGUCCUUUAAAAGUAGUGAAUAUAAAAUGUUAUUUAAUUGUGACCAAAGAUAGGCCUUAUAUUGUGUAUAUUCUUGUAGCUUUAUAAUUUUUAUUUGUCUCAGCUGUCGAUAAAGUUGCUAGCCAUAUAGUCUCGCUUUAAAAGAAUCCCCAUGGGGCUUUAUUUUUCAUUGAGUAUUCAAGUCAGUAUUUAACUGUGUUGAUCAUGAACAUUAAGGUAAUUUUAAGUUUCAAAGAGUGUGUAAUUAAAUCCAACCAUAUACGUUGUCUUUGUUGGUUAGAGUGCCAAAUUAAUUUAUAGAACCCGAUUAUGUAUGUGCACAAUUUAAGACAAAGUCAAAGCCAAUCCUAGCCUUAUAUGUACAUUUAGAACCCAAUAGGCAUUAAAAUAGGAUAACAUUAAUUUUCAUUCCCAUUCCUCCUUAGCAUUCCUCUGAAUGUCCAGACCAGUUGAUACUAAGAAUGAGGUUAGAUUGUAUUUCCAUUUAUCUUUAAUAGGCAUAUAUUACGUUACACACCACACCGUUGUUACUCUGUUACAAUAGACCUGUUAUAUUUAUAGUUUAUUCUGUAACCGUUGAUUUGUACAUAAGAUGUAUUUUGUUCGACAUUUACACCACGCUAUCUAUCUGUUUAAAUGUUGUGUAAAUAUCGACUUUACUUAUAUAAGUGUAUGUAUGUAGUGUGUGUAUAUAAGAGAAGUUGUCUUCUCUCUGUGCAACCAAAGUUCCUACUAAAUUUUAUACAAUUCCUAGGUUAUGUACAGUAUAAAUAUAUAUAAAUAGGUAAGAGGCACGUGACUGCCCCUGCACGAACGUUCGUAUACUUAUUUUUAAUGUGUUCUUAGGCUAGGUAUUUAACAGUAUUCGAAUUAAGGUUAUGUAUUGUAAGUUAUAGUUUAUGUAAAGUUGUCGUCUAAGUGUCAGUCGUAAAUAAAUAUUUCAAUAAAUUA